AUGUUCAACGUUCCGAUCCUGUCACUGGCUUUUGUCUUGAAUGUUGCAAGGAUCUGCGAUACUCAUUCCGGUUACGGACAUCUUUUUCAUGGUACCAAACAACGGGUGAGCCCAGCCAGUCUUGCCUUUUCAAUCAAGAAACCCGCACGAACACGAAGCAUAGGCGAUUUUGAAUAUGGCACAACUGGUAUCAAGGAACCAACGACACAUGCAACAAAAGUCAAGAGGAAGCUGAAUCCGAUCAUUGAACGACAUCCGGAAAUGAUGGAAGUGAGAGUUAAGGCAUCCGACGUAGUUAUAAUCGGCCUUGUUCUAUUACUGAUGCUACUUCUUUCCGUUUUUUUUGUGUUGGUAAUUAUAUGUCCCUGA